AUGGAUUCCAAUUAUUACGGUGUUAUUAAAAAAGUAUCAUCGUUGGUUGGUCAAUGGCCGUAUCAAAAUCCAAAAACGAAAUUAAUCUGUUUAAGCUUCGUGACUUUAAGUACAUUUUCUAUAGUUAUUCCACAGUUGGCUAAAUUCGUCAUUUGUGACGGAGACAUGCAAUGCAUAUUUCAAACCACGGCAGCACAUAUGUUGACAAUUAUAACGUUGGUGAAGCUGUACACAUGUCACUUAAACCGAUAUAAAAUGAAAGUUCUAACUGAUUGGCUAUUCCUCGAAUGGGACGAAUUAGAAACACCGGAAGAAUACGAAAUUAUGAAGAGAUAUGCUGAAAAUGGCAGGAGAUAUUCUUUAGGAUAUUCACUAUAUUGCUUCAUAUCCGCAUUUCUAUUUCUGUGUAUGUCACUUAUACCGCCACUACUAGAUAUCGUAUUACCUCUCAACGAAUCUCGUCCUAUACUGUCAGUUCAUCCAGGAUAUUAUUUUGUUGACGAAAGAGAAUAUUUCUUCUUUAUUUUUUGGCAUGCUGUCGUGGUUUGGGAAAUAGCCGUGACUGGAAUAGUGGCUCACGAUUGUAUGCUUCUAACUUACAUCGAACAUGUCUGCAGUAUUUUCGCCCUAGGCGGAUUCGCUCAACUAAUCGAAGAUACAUUUUCGAUAACAUUGGCUCUACAAAUAGCAUUAAAUACAGUAAUGAUUAGCAUUACCUUGUUACAAAUCACGCAGCACAAUGCCAGUGUUUUUAUAGUGAUGAGAUACGUAGUAUAUGUCCUGAGUCAACUGAUUCAUCUAUUUUGCCUCAGUUUCGAGGGACAAAAGCUGAUAGAUCACAGUCUUCAAACGCGCGAUAAAAUCUACAAUAGUCUUUGGUACGAAACAACUCCCAAAUCGCAAAGGAUGCUCCUGUUUGUCAUGCAAAAAGCCCUUCAACCUGUUUUUUUGAGCGCUUGCAAGAUUUACACCUUCUCAAGGGAGAAUUUCACUAUGGUCGUGCAAACUUCCAUGUCAUACUUUACGGUACUCGCAUCUCUGGAAUAA